AUGUGGACCAAGCUCACUGGUCUCGUACUCGACCACCUCGAAUUUGCGGACGUGCUACAUUUGCACAUGAUGACCAACUCCGCGAAGCCAUAUUUCGCCAGAAUCGUGAUGAAGAAACUGCUGGAAGAGCUGUGCAUGGGCCAUUUCUACGAGCCUCUGAUUCAGUGCGGCGUCGUGAGCAUUCAAGUGCUGCAAGACGAGGGGCUCAUCUCGAACGAUGAGCUGGAGAACCGCAUUGGCAUGGGCUUCGUACACGUUCGAAAGCUCCGCCGCCGGCUUCGGGCCUGUCUCACUCCUGCCACACCAAUCCCUGAUCCUGCACCAGCGGCGACGGCUCCCGCGCUCGCUGCCGCCGCGCCGGCGAGCCGCGCGAGGCCCAGAGCACCCGGAGCCCCCCCCGUGCCCCCGAAGAGCUUAUCUGUGACGAACGACCGCCGACCGACAGACCAACACGCCCACCAUAGAAACGUAGCUUACAUUCUCAUUUCAUGCUCGAGCUGCCGCAAUCUGGAUGAGCUACGACAGUACUGUCUCAAGGAGCCAUUCUUGCUAACAAACUUGAACGUCAUUGCAAGCUGCGUUCUCUUUUUUUGGCUUGUGUGUCAAAGUCUAUCACAUGCUUCAAAGCACAAGCUGAAACAACCAGGACGUGACAAAAGUUUGCAGAGCGCUGUGAAUACACACUUCGCUUUAACAAUAUUUAUCUUUACUGUGUACUACUCAUUUGUCUACAAGCAGAAUCACAGCAAAGCCCUCGAAAGGCAUCUGAAAAUACUCAACGAUAACAAGUUGUGGCUGUUUGAGUUACAAAGUGCCCUAAGUCACGGCUGCAUCAUAGUUCCGGCGAUAUCGGAGUUUUUUACCUCGACACACCAUUUUGUGCUUCAAACUCUCGCUUACGACAUCCCGCUGUUGAUACUCUGUUACAGCGGAUGGAACGCUUUGGGUAGCUAUAUUUUGCACGUGCCUAUCUAUCAAAUUUCUUUCUUCAACAGAGAUUUUGACUGGAGAUUAUCUGAUGCUUGUGUUAUCUUUUUUGCUGCCUACAUCUACUUGAGCGUGUUUCUCUCAGCCAGUAAGGCGACGCCGAUGGCGCAUCAUGCGUUAAAGGAUCGCCUCCUGGAAUUGGUUGAACUUGGGCAGACGAAUGCUGACUGUAAGGACUUUGUCUAA